AGAAGAUAUUUGUUUCUGACAUGACUUAAGUGUAUAAUAAACAUGUCUAGGUUUCUUUAGAUACAAUGUAUGUAUUCAGCCAAUAUAUUACACAGCUAAUGGCUCUAUCGAAACAGAAAGAAUAACGAAUAAUCUCAACAUGCUUUCUCAGGAUUUCAUUUAUCCGAUGAAACUCUUUUCAAAUGCAGUAAUCAGUAAUGCAAUCAAAUUACAAUUUUAAAGAAGUAAUUAGCAUUGGUGGUGGAUUUGCUUUUUCGACUAACUAACCCAACACCGCUCGAAAUAAACAACAGCGGUCAAAUAAACCUCAAAACUGUAAAACGAAAUAUAAAAACAGUAAAAGGACACCAGGCAAACCUGCAAAAAUGAAACGUGCUAAAUAAGACAAAUCAAAGUCUAAGGAAAAAUUACACGUUUCAUUUUUGUUAGUGCUGACCAGUGUUGAACCUUCCUCUCUUGCAUCAUAUUCUUCCUGAAAUUAGUUGAUUUUAUAUUUUCUUCAGCCCGAGGCUACUCUUUUGACGUUUGCUGUUGUGAAAGGGCUUUUAUAUAAAAAUCAAUGCAUUGCUUUUAUUGUCAGAUCUGCUGCAUCUCUAUCGCGCAUGCAUCUCGUCCAAAAUAACAGCAUCAAAACAUGGGAGAGUUUUUGAAGGGGCACCAAUGAAGGUCUCCUGGCACACAGCGCAGUGCUGCCGAGGGAACUUCAGCUUGGCAGCAGACGGCAUGUAAAGCGCUGACGGUGAACGGAAUGUUUGUUUUCUGGUUUCUAAGGGGUGGAGCGAGCCUGCUCCUCACUUCUCCACUUCUCCAUGUGUGUUUUCCCUGCAGUUCAUUUCUCAUCCUCCCUGCUGACGUCUGACUUCCGCAUUCCUCGCUCUUCCCGAUCAGGGAUCAGCUCCAGACCCGAGCUGAUGCAACGAUUCCCGCUCUUCAAGAUCUACUCGCGACCUCCGGCUGACGUCACAAAGGGACUCCACUCGCUCACCUCGAGACCAAAGUCAGCUGUGGUCACGGGCGUUUGUGACGCGAUGCCGGGACAGAUACCGGACCCCUCGGUGACCGCCGGCUCCCUGGCCAGUCUGGGGCCUCUAGCGGGCAUCUCCGCCACCUCGCUGACCGAACACCUGAAAUACGCCGACCUCUGCAACCUCGGGACCAUGCUGUCCCCUCUACACCUCCUGGGGAAGCUGGGCAAGCGCGCGCUCCCUAUUAAAGCCGAGAAAGAUGAAGAGGAAGAGCGGAGGAAAAGAAGGCGAGAGAAAAACAAAGUGGCGGCAGCGAGAUGUCGAAACAAAAAGAAAGAAAGGACAGAGUAUCUACAAAGGGAAUCCGAGCGUCUGGAGAUGAUGAACUCCGAGCUGAAAGCACAGAUCGAGGAGCUGAAGCACGAACGGCAGCAGCUCAUACUGAUGCUCAACCGUCACCGGCCCACCUGCAUCGUGAGCACAGACAGCAUUAAGACGCCCGAGAAGGAGGCCAACCCUCUCCUGGAGCAGGUGGAGGCCAAAUGAGAAGGAAGCACGCAUUUCCACCUUACUGUUUACAGGUUAGCUCGUCUCCAGCUAGCUGAAGCACUUGGCUCGAAGCACUUGGACGUUUUAGGGAAGAGAGCGUGGCGUCUCUGACCUGCGAGGUCGGAGUUUAGAGACUAAACAAAGCGGAAAGAAAAACACACGGAUGUGGCCCGUGCGGCGGCAGUCGUGAAACUUUUUUUUUUUGGUUGGUCAUGAAGUGCCUUAUUGGUUUUGGUCCGUUUGGUUUUUUUGGAUGGAAUGGAUGAAAACACUCAUUGAACGCUUGGAGAUGCAUGCUGUGGCCUCGCCGUGUUAACUGGAUGAUCUUCACGGACUGUCUCAACGUUUAUUCACCAUUGGCUGCCUUCACUUGUGUUUUUUUUUUCUGACGCAGGCGUCAUGUAUGCACAUACGUAUGAACUGUUUACAUCGUGCCAAUUUAUUAUAGUUAUCUAGUAUAUAAAUAUAUAUAUAUGAUUUUUAUACUUCCUGUACAUGGACUUAUCACUAGAUGUGAUACAUUUUAUGCAACGAUUUCAUAACCUCUAUUUCUGUGACUUAUUCAGUUUGUUGUAUAGCUGUGAAAACUGCAAACAAUUAAACAAGUGAUUUACAAAUGUUA